AUGUCUGAGGAGUUUAUUGCAGCUUCCACUUUGGCCAAGAGCCUGGAAUUUGCCCAAGGUAAUGACUUCCAUGCUAUUUUGACGACAUUGAGAUCUCCAGCUUAUAUCAAUGAACAAUUACUAAAAUCUGAAUUGGGUUUCCUUGUUACAAAGAUUUUGAAGCUACUUAGAUCAAGCAAUGAUUUUGAUCUUUGGAAAGGGUGCCAUACCUCUGUCGUAGUUUGCGCCUAUAAUCCAUUGAUUUUAUCUGCUCAUGGUGGACAAUUACUUGCUGCUAUAUAUUCGAAGUUAGAACAAAAGACCAGUUUUUAUUCAUCCGUCAUUUCUUCUUCUCACGGUAAAGAGUUAUUCAAUACUCUGGUAUCUUCUAUGGCAAUUAUCAUCGAUUUAACGAAGAAUAAGCCUACUUUAUCGAGAGAGGCACUGGUACCCAAACUAAAGGCCAUCAUUCCAACAUUAAUUACUUUAUCCCAAUAUGAGCCUAAACUUGUUUUGCCGGUCUUACAAAAAAUUUUGAAGAGAAAUAACACAACUUUUAAGCCAUUUAUCAAUAAAUUCCGCACUGUCUUGACAAACUUAAUCAUAUCUGAUUAUGCUUCUUUAGACUCCAAGACCCAAAAAUCUGUUUGUGAAAAUUUUGCCUAUUUGCAUUUGCUAAAGAUCCAAGUAAGUAAUACAAACGAUGAUGAAACCCAAGCCCAUCAUAAAGUUUAUCCUGAUGCUAAUUGGAGAACAGGUUUGUUAUCCAUUCUAUCUCAAUUCAAGCCAAUCAUUCAAUUGUGUGAAGAAAUUUUGGAUUUUGAACAAGAUAAUGAAUUACAGAAAUUAAUCGCGGCUUUACCAGUUAAUGCUGAAUCCCACAACGAAACGGAAUUUUUACCAAGGAUGAAACUAGAUUUCAACGCUCCUUUAAGUCUGUGGGAAAUCCCACAGCGUUUGUCAUUAUUGGUCGAUAUGCUUGUUGCAUUUAUCUCUUUACCGACUCCAUUUCCCAUCCGUGUUCCAUUAGGCGGUAUCAACUCUCUUUGUGAAGUCUUGCUAGGUGUUAGCAACAAAUACUUACCUUUGAAGAAGGAACUACGUCGUGAUAAUGAGUUAAAUGGCGUAAUUAAUAACAUCUUGCCUCAAAUUCAAUUUCAAGGUAUCAAGCUAUGGGAAAUUAUCGUCUCUAAGUAUGGCAAGUGUGGUUUAUCGCUUUUCGAAGGAAUUCUUUCGUCUAUUGAACUUUUUAUUCCAUUGAAGAAAAAGAGCAAUAACGAAAUCGAUUUCAACGUUGUCGGAUCAUUGAAAUCCGAAUUUUUUGCCGUCUUCAGGCUAAUAAACAUGAUCAUGUCCCAUUUAGGCCACCAAUUGAGCACUGUUAGUGUUAUAUCUCAAUUAAUUGAUGUGGCUUUGUUCUUAUCUCGUGAUAAAACAUUGAUUGAUUCUCUAUUCAAAAACCGUAAAAGCAAUACGAAGCAACAGGGUAAAACAAAACAAUCUAAGAAGACUAAAAAUAACGAAGGUGCAUUUUCUGAUAUUUAUACCCAUCCGGAAUUAUUUGUAUUUAAGAAUUCCAUGAGUUGGUUUAAUGAAAUUAAUGAAUUCUUAAUUACUGCGCUAAAUAAUUGGAUCUUACCUUCGACUCCACAUAUUCAAAUUCUGAAAUAUAGUAUCACGCAAUCAUUAAGAUUGAAGGAAAAAUUUGGUUACAUUCCAGAAACUUUUGUUGACCUUUUACGUUGUGAAGUUCUUCAUCCAGGUAACGAGCGUGUAUCUAUUCUACCAAUUGCGAUAUCACUGCUAAAGGGUUCCAACGACGAUAUGUUUGAAUUACUAUGCCAUCCGAAGGUCCCAGUUGGUAUGGUAUACCAGCUGCAUAAACCAUUGGACUCCGGCGAAGAAGAAGAGGAAAGGGGAAGUACUAGUGAAAGCGAGACUAUAACGAAUGGAUCAUAUCCACAUGCAAGCACUGACUUGAAGACCUUCAGAGCAUUGGAGAACCUAGAGAACGUAAGUAUCCCUGGACCUGAGCGUGCGGUUCCCAAGCUCGAUGAUGAAACUGCUGUUUUCAAGAAGAGAACAGUGGAAGAAAUCACUGGAAAAGAAAGCGGGUCCGUAAACAAGAAGGUCAAGGUUAUGGAGGAAACAAUUGUGGAGGGCGCUAAAGAAUCAACUACGGAAGUAAUUGUAACCCAAACUGAAACGGAAGCGAGGUCAAUUGAGGAUAGCGAGGAUGAAGAAGAUGACGAGUUUGAAAUUCCUGCUAUCGAAUUGAGUGACGAGGAAGGCGGGGAUGAAAAGGAAGAAUGA